AUGCCACGUUUAAUAGCAUCACUAUUCCUGACUGCCAGUCUUUUUCUGGCCAAUGCCAGCGCUUUAGAUGCUCGGGGAGCAGCCCAUGCUCCUGGGCAUAGCAAGAAGCCCAACUUUGUCUUCAUCCUGACAGAUGAUCAAGAUUUGCAUCUUAACUCUCUUGAGUAUAUGCCCAAGUUGCAGCGUCUGGUUGGAGAUCAAGGUACUGUCUUUGAGCGACAUUUCUGUACGAUUGCUGUUUGCUGUCCGUCACGGGUCAGUUUGAUGACGGGAAAACUGGCACAUAACACCAAUGUCACUGACGUAUUCCCUCCCUAUGGCGGAUAUCCCAAGUUCGUGGCAGAGGGUCAUAACGAGAACUACUUGCCCAUUUGGCUGCAGGAUGCGGGCUACAACACUUACUAUACUGGCAAAUUCCUGAACUCCCAUACGACUUCCAACUACAACAAUCCAUACCCCAAAGGCUGGAACGGGACAGACUUUUUGAUGGAUCCGUCCACCUACAGCUACUGGAACUCCACCUUCCAGAGCAAUCACAAUUCCCCUGUCGUGUCGGACGGAUACUCAACUGACCUAAUCUCCAAUUAUGCCCUCAACUUCAUCGAGAACGCCCAGAGUUCCGACCGCCCAUUCUUCAUCGGAAUUGCUCCCAUCGCACCGCACGCGAAGACGGCCGCUGUGGUGGGUUCGUCCAUUCCAGCCUUCACCGACCCUGUCCCUGCAAACCGACACGCAAACACAUUUCCCAAUGCAAAGGCUCCUCGAGGAGAGAACUUUAACCCUAACACGCCGAGCGGAGCCAGCUGGGUGCUGAAUCUCCCCCAGCUAAACUCUAGCGAGGUCGCCUAUUUGGACGAAUAUUACCGUAAACGAAUUCAGUCCCUUCAAGCAGUCGAUGAGCUGGUGGAGAGCGUCGUGACCAAGCUUGAUGAUUACGGACUGCUGGACAAUACUUAUAUCUUCUACACGUCUGACAACGGAUAUCAUGUUGGACAGCAUCGCAUGGUCCCCGGCAAGGGAUGUCCUUACGAAGAAGAUAUUAAUGUUCCCAUGAUGGUUCGUGGCCCUCGCGUGCCUAAGGGCCGGACAGUCGAUUUCGUCACAUCGCAUACCGAUAUUGCUGCCACUCUGUUCGAUCUAGCUGGCAUCCCCUUGAGAGAUGAUUUCGAUGGACUCCCGAUGCCUUUGACCGUCGCAGAGAUGCAUGAUGCCGAGCACGAUCCGCGUCGGGAACAUGUCUCCGUGGAAUACUGGGGUACAAAUCUUCAAGAAGGUGAUAUCGGGCGAGUUUCACCCACUGGAGCAGGAGUGGUCCAUGGUAACAAUACCUACAAGGCCAUGCGGGUCAUCGGCGACUCUUAUAAUCUGUUCUACUCGGUCUGGUGUACCAACGAGCAUGAGCUUUACGAUAUGACGAAUGACCCGUACCAAAUGCGUAAUAUUUUCAGCAAGACGAAAGGCAAGCUACUUGGUCGGGAUAUCAAGCAAGUGAUCUCCCGACUAGAUGCCCUCCUACUGGUACUGAAGAGCUGCAAGAGCUCGGAAUGUACGCUUCCCUGGCAAGUUCUCCAUCCGGAUAAGAAAGUCACUAGCCUUUCUGAAGCCUUGCAACCCAAGUACGAUGCGUUCUACGCUGCACAGCCUGAUAUCAGUUUUUCGGCGUGUGAGCUAGGGUACUUCCCGGAGUCUGAGGGACCACAGGAGGGCUAUGCGUACCGACGCAGUGGGGACUGGAGUCUCUGGGCAUAG